AUGAAUCCAUCAACAUCAAACGACGCCGAAAUCCCAAAACCAAUUUCUUCCCCGCGAAGAACCCUUCCAGAAGCACCACCCAGUUAUUACGACUUCCCUCCCAGCUACACGACGAACGGAGACAUCUAUACUGACGAACUUCCGGCAUACUGUCCUAGAGAAUUCCCUUCAAGACCUCCUUGUGCUCAGGAGCCUCAACGUCCCCCGCCACCUCAACGAGUGUAUACUGUACUUCCACGACAAUCGUAUGCGAUUCGAAUGCAUAGAACUUAUCGAUCAGCACCUGCACGCAAUCAACACCUCCGUCGUCAACUCAACAAACUCUUCGGACUCGCUUUUAUCAUAAUGUUGGCUAUUGUUAUUCUGGUCUUAGCUGUUCUGAUGACCGUUUCCCUUGUUUAA